AUCUACUUAAUCUAAAGAGUAAAUUAACAGGUAAAUUAAAACGGCCAAAUCACGAUAUGUAGAGCACGUGAUUAAAGCAUGUAUUGCGGUAUGGAUGUAUGACUUAACGUUGAUCUACUUUGAAAAAUUUCUACUAACUAUUAGUAUAUAACAACUUCAAAGUAGUAGUAAUAACACCAGAAAUAUGGAUCCGAAAGUAGAAUUACAAGUCAAUCCAGAUGAGGAUACAGAGUGGAAUGAUAUUUUACGGGCUCAUGGAAUUAUACCGGAAAAACCUCCUUCACCAACGGCACAAUUAGAAGAAGCAUUAGAAGAAGCGAUCAAGAAGCAACAUGAAAACAGAUUAGAAAAUAAGGAUUUAGAAGAACUAGAUGAUUUAGAAGGACUUGAGGAUGAAGAUUUCCUUGACUUCUAUAAGCAGAAAAGAAUGAAUGAAAUUAAAGAAUUGAGUUCCAAGCAAAAGUUUGGUACUGUUUUCCCCAUAAAUAAGCAAGAGUAUGAAGAUGAGAUUACUAAAGCUUCAAAUGAUUCAUUUGUAGUAGUUCAUUUAUCUUUACUGUCCAAUUUACAAAGUAGAUUACUUUCAAGUAUAUUUCAACAAUUAGCUCCUAAAUAUCUGGAGAUUAAAUUUUGUGAGAUUCCUGCUAACAGAUGUAUUGAGAAUUAUCCUGAAUCUAAUUGUCCUACAUUAAUAGUUUAUCAUAAAACCAAUGUUAUCAAGCAGUAUAUUACUUUGACGCAAUUAGGUGGUAAUGCAACUACAGUAAAGGAUAUUGAAGGUGUAUUAAUUGAAGUUGAAUCAGUAUCAAAUGGUGAUAAGAGAUUAACUAUCAAUCAAGAAGAUGAGUAUGAAGCUGAAGAAAGGAAAACAAGAUUCUUAAAAAAAUCUAUACGAGGAAGGGGAGCCAAUGCAUAUGAUGAGGAUCUUGAUGAUGAUGAUGACUUUUAUGAUUAAAUAGUACUUUUAUAGACUUCAUUAUAUAUAAUGAAAUAUCUGCAGUAUUGAAGAUUGUAGCUGCGAAAAGAAAAGUUUGUUUC